AGGUUUUCAAGCGUUAAGGCACGCACCAACCUCACCUCCUCCUAGCUCCUGUACCUCGAGCAGUGCUGCGGCCAUGGUGACCAGAAGGCUGGCCCUGAGCUCCCUCUUCCAUGGCAAGGCAAGGGACACUUCCUUACCACCACCGCCUCCUCGCGCUACCGCCGGCCCGGCUGCAUCGCCAUGGCCGUCCAGCAAGAACAAGAACCCAAGAGCGCAGUCCACCCGCACCGCGGAGUCGCAGGCGGCAGGCGCCACCAGGACCAUCGCCUCCAUCGUCCUCGACUCCGCCGAGUCCUCCUUCACGGUCUCCUCCGCGCGGCAGGACUGCUGCUCUGACAGCCUCUCCACGGCGUCCGAGGCGUCGGCGGCGGCGUGCGACGACGCGGCGGACGACGCCGUCGUGCGGGGAAUCCGCUCCGACCGGCUCCUCUUCGACCCAGGUGCGUCGGCCACCAACUCCAUCCUCGAAGAGAAAUCUGCCGCCGCCGCCGCCUGCGCGGGCGCCAAAGAGGAGGAGGAGGAGGAGGCGUUCGGCGGCGCCGUGGCGGUCGCGUUCGAGUCCGCGGACCCGUACGCGGACUUCCGGGCGUCCAUGGAGGAGAUGGUGGCCGCGCACGGGGUCAUCGGCGACUGGGGCUGGCUGGAGGAGAUGCUCGGCUGGUACCUGCGAGCCAACGACGGGGACACGCAUUGCGCCAUCGUGGCCGCAUUCAUCGACGUCGUCGUCGCCAUAGCCGACCCGGCUCGGGGGGCCUCAUCUUGCACGUUUGCGGCGGGAGAGUUGGAUGUGGCGGAGAAGGCCAAAACGGCUGGAGUGCUCACCGUGUCAUGUUUGGAUUAAGCUGAACUAAAUCUUCGUGAUUUAUUUGGCUUAUCUACUAGUGAUUUACACUAGUGUAGUAGUGUAUUAGUUGUCUAGACGAUCAGCCUAUGCAGGGCAUGUUUGGUUCCCCUUAUAAAUUUAGCUAGGUAAAUUUUUUUUAGCUACUCUUAGAUGAUGGACUAAAUUAUAUUAGUUCUUUUUAA